CCACCGACUUGAUGCGGAGGAGAUGGAAACGGGCGUCGCAAGCAAAGCAGCCCAGCAAGGGACGAACUUGAUGCAAGCGCCGGAAUUGGUUUCCUCGUCACGUUCUCUCGGUCUCUUCUCUUGUGCUCCGUAUCUUGUUGAUAGAUAGAUAGGUGGUAGAGGGCUCCGAGGAGGUAAAGCAGCAGGUGAGCAACCAAGCGGGCGAGAGAUGCCGAGGAGCACCUUCUCCGGCUCCAUCACUGCGCCCGAGGUCUAUGUCACCGUCGACAUGGGCAAUCCUUUUCUCAACCGCACCGUCGAUGGCUUCCUCAAGAUCGGAACUGUCGCUGCUUCCAGGGUUGCUGCGGAGGAAGCGUAUCAAUGCGUGCGGAAAGGAAGCAUCAGCAAAAGAAAAUUUGAGGUUGCUCUAAAGAGGAUGUGUAAAGAAGGAGUAUAUUGGGGAACUGUGACCAGUGUGUAUGUAGGAGUGGAGCAUAAUAUCGAAAGGAUCAGUGGUACAAGAACCUGGAAGAAUGCAAUGCUUGGUGGUGCGAUAACAGGGUUCCUCAUUUCAGCAGCCAGCAACAAUGGAACGGACAAGAUUAUCAAGGAUACUAUCACAGCUGGGGCUGUAGCUACUGCUAUUGAAUUUAUCAACCUCCUCACUUGAACAUUAUCUAGUUGCAAUGUAAUUUACACAAUUGAAGAUGUUUAUUGAUUCCUGCACCUCGCUUGUUGCCUCUUUGGCGACUGUCGUGCCUUCACUUUCUCAACAAUAUUGGAGGAGCUGAUUCAGAUGGUACGGAAAAUCAAAUAUUUGAAUACCCUUGUAACAAAAAUCUUUCUAUUCAACAACAUACAGGAUUAUCUAUAUCAAAUGUAAAUGAAAUUUGUAGAGAAAUUUGAGUAAAUAAUUUUAAGGUAAUUGGCUUCA